AUGGCUGGUACUUACGAUACCGAACAACAGAGGAUGGUUGACAGAAUUAAGUGCAUCGCUUUUCGUGAAGCUCGUGAUGCUGGUGCAACAUUUAUAAAUAGACAAUGGAUUGCGGACAAAAUUCAUCGCACAACUCGAUUUGUCUCAGAGUGAGAAGGAUUAAAACCAUUUCAUGUUAUUCCAAAACCGUUAAAAUCUGAAGCUCAUAUAUCAGAUCGAUUAUGGCUAUGUGAUUGGGUAAAAGAUUGGACUGUGGAAGACUUUCUUCAUCUGGCACCAUCUGAUGAGUUUUAUAUUUGGACUGUCCGUCGACCAAAUUAUCAAAAUGAUAGAAUCUGGGCGAAAAAUAUCGAGGACAUUACUGAAGACAAAAGAUAUCGUGAAAUGAUAAAGGGGGAAUCUUGGACAGGUGAAUAUUUUCGUGAUAAUGUUUUAAUUCAAAAUGUGAUUCCUUUUUUAAAAAAUGAAGAAAAUGUUAUUGAUCCUGAUGAAGUCAUAUUUGUUCACGAUAAAGCGCCGUGUAUGCGAGCAAAUAAAACUCAACAUUUACUCCAAGACAACGAUGUCAAAUUUUGGGGUAAUGAUAUCUGGCCAGGAAAUUCACCUGAUCCCAACGCGGCAGAACAUAUCGGGUCAAUAAUUAAAGAUGAACUUGAAAAACAAAUGGCAUCGGAAAGUGAACAUCAUCGAUAUUCUGAAGAAAUGUUCAAAAUGCACAUCGCAAAUGUUCUAGCAAGCAUGGAAGAAGAUACUGAAUUAUUUGAAACUCUUCUAUAUUCAUAUACAUCUCGAUUCCGUGCUGUAAAAAAAGCGAAUGAUCGUCAUACAGACUACUGGUCACACUCAUCAAACUACGAAGAAAAGCUAUUUUGUAAUACAUUUCAUUCGAUCAUCAUUUGA